AUGGUGUCGGACCAGGAGAUUGCGAGCUGCGUGGAGUCCCUCCUCCCCCAGCCAGACGCCAAUGGAGCGGUGACCUCUGUCAAUGUCAGCGGAGUGGUUCAGCAGGUGGAGGCGAAACUAGGGUUAGACCUCUCCCACAAGGAGGGCUUCAUCCGGGAUCAGAUUAAUCUGCUGCUGCGUCCCCCGGGGGCCGUCUCCAAGGACCAUGCGGCUCUCCAUCAGCAGCAGCAGUUCGUCGCUGCCAUUCCACAGCAGCUCCUUCAGCAGCACCCGAUCUCGUCUUCGCCAUUUACGCAGCUCCCUCCCCAGCAUGAUCUCGCAUUUCGAUGCGCUCCCGUAGUCAUCGUGCAGCCUCACCCUCUCCUCCAGCAGCAGCAGCCGGCUGCUGCUGGGCCGGCGGUGUUGUCGAUCCAGGAAGGCCAUGCCGCCGCUGGGAGCUCCUUGCCAAAGCCCGCCAAAGCAAGGUGCCCAGGGUCUUUCAUCCUGAUACUUGUUUCGCUUCUCGCUUCCCCGGAGCUUUUUAAGAAAUAAUAACUCUAGGAGGUCCACUCUGAAAAACUGUUCACAUUCUACAUCGGCUUAGCUCCUUCUUCUCUGUUUCGUUUUUGCUGUAAAUGAGCGAUUCUGCUCCUCUAACACCCUCUUCUGAUGGAGAAUUUCAGCUUUUUUGCGUGGUUUGAACGCCCGUUGUGUUUAUCCAUCGUUCUGAAAACUUCUGAUCAACUUGACUGUAAAAUCAUGCAUGCAGCCCAACUUUGGUGCAGAUUUUCACAGCGUAAUUUGAUAAAACUGUUUACGUAGCAGUGGUGGAAUCUUUCCUCAGAAAGUCCGCAUCUUCCUGAACUCAUAUCCUCCAAAAAAAAAUUCUUCUGAUUUUGGCAAUUCAAGCGAUCCAUGUCUAACUAACUGCGCCCGCUCAACCUUGCCGCAGUGCUGAAGCUAGAGCCAAGAGAAGACGCGGUCCUGGUGGUCUCACUAAGCUUUGUGGUGUCUCACCUGUGCUACAGAACAUUGUUGGUGGAUCAACGCUGCCAAGGACAGAAGUGAGUUAUCUUGAACAAGAUUUUGAAACAACAUGCCUUAUGAUUAUUCAUCUCCCAUUGUCAGCUGUAAACGUUGUGAAAGUGGUGAUUCUCUUCUGAUGCAGAUUGUGAAGCAGUUGUGGGCAUACAUACGAAAGAAUAAUCUUCAAGAUCCCAACAACAAGAGAAAGAUAAUCUGCAAUGAUGAGCUUCGAGUGGUCUUUGAGACAGACUGUACUGAUAUAUUUAUGAUGAAUAAGCUGCUAGCAAAGCACAUAACACCCCUUGAACCCUCAAGUAUGCAAGCUGUAGAGAUAUAAACUGUCUACUGCUGUCCAGCAGUAACAAAUAUGGCAGAACCUUGACGUAUUUGAUUGCUUUAAUUGAUUGCAGAGGAGCCAGCUGCAUCUAAGAAAAAGGCGAAGACAACAGAGCUGCCCUCUGCAGCUGAAGGUGUAGAUGAAAAAUCCCCUGUUGUCAUUUCUGAUGAACUUGCCAAGUUCUUUGGAACUGGAGAGAGGGAAAUGCCCCAAUCAGAGGCACUCAAACGUAUCUGGGACUACAUAAAAAUUUACAAGCUGAAGGUUUGUGGUACAUCACCUUAUGUAGGCGUCUUUCUCACUGUUUUUUUUUUUUUUUUUUCAGUUAUUAGUGAAAUCAUGGUUAAUUUUUCUUCAUUGGGAUCUUAAUUAUUUAAUUCCUUUCUUUUACACUGGCACAUUAUUCUCUGUGACUAAUAAAGCUUUCUCCCCAAGCUAAUCGCUUUAAUAUGUUUAUAUGUAUAAUCUCUUUUAGUUGAAAUACUUCACUCUCUGGGGCUUCCUCCUAGCAUAUGAUUUUUUCCAAAUAUAGUGCUUGGUAAAUCUCAUGGACUCUAAGUCAAUGAUAUUGAAUAUCUUUAUUUCUGAUAGGAAAAUUCUAAGCUUAAAUGUUGUGAAUUAUUUGGGUUCCAGUGUCUUACGCUACAAUUUUUUUCUCCAUUUUUCUGCUGUAUAUUAUUAUUACUACUACUAUUAUUAUUAAAGCAGACUGCAACCCAAGAUCAACUUUAAAUAAUCUCAUCAACUUUAAAUACCAUUAUAGUCACAUACAGUCAUUCCUCCUCCAUUUGUAACCAUGAGGGUGCCAUCAACACAGUAUGUACCUUUUACCUUAAGGAUUUUCCUGCAAUGAAGACGUGUUGAAGUGUCCCUAUCCACCAAAGCAGGAGAAAUCGUAGACAUAUGGCCUUUAGACAAUAAUGCUGGGUUCUUAGUUCCGUGGGUGCACAAGUGAUCCAUGGAUUCUCCAUCCUGGGAGUCGGCUGCUACUAAGAACAUCAGUCUCUGACAAGAUGUCAGAUUAUUUUCACAUCAGUCUGCUACUGUUGUGGUGUCAUGCUAAAAAUUAAGAAAAAGGUAUAAAAGAAAGAAAUUUUAAUCCGGGCAUAAGUUUUUUUCAUAAUUUUCAAUAAUUCCUUUGAUCCUGUAAUGUAACCACUGUUGCUGCAUAGUUAUCAUAAACACAUAGUCGUCAAAUCAAGAACAGUUUGUAAAUACUCAUCAGCAGGAAUCAUAAAUCAUAAGUGAAAACGUCCCAAGCUGUCGUGGGUCAAAACAUUUUUGGUCAAAAUGGGUGUUUUACUCUCUCUGAACCUUUUGCUCAUGCUUAGUUCUACCUACGGUGAAUCUGCGUUUUCUACUAAGACUGUAAGUGCUAGGUCUGUGCCAUUUUUGGAAUUGCAUUUCUUGCUAUAUGUAGACACUGAGAACCAUAUAUUUUCAUGUUCUUCUGCCGUUUUGAUUUUCUUCAUUUUUUUGACAAUUUUUUUGUUGAAAAAUUUGGAAGCAGUAUUGUUUCUCUACUUUUUGAAUCUGGUUUCCAAAUGCCCAGGCUAGAUACCCAAUACAACAUUAAAAAAAAUAAAAAUCACAAACGUCAAAUUGAGAUAUUUUUUCCUUCAAAUGGGCCAUUUUUGGCUCUUUCUUUGCUCUUUCUUCCUGCACGCGGCAUGAAAUGUCUUAGAAAACUAUUUGGCAGAAGUAAAUAUUUCUAUUUAGAAACAUAUUUAGAAGUAUAUAUGUGAAAACAUGAAAAAACAAAAGCAUGGAUUUCAAUUAUAAAUUUUAUGCAGUAAAUUUAUUUCCGAUGGGGUAUUUCCAUUUGUGAAUCUUUUUUCUCUGCAUUCAAACCUGAAAUUCCUUUUUUAGGGAAAUUUUCCAGCAUAAAUUAAGAAUUCUAUCAAGAAACACAAUGCAAUGUGACAUACGAGAGAGAUAAAAUGAAAUCAUGGUUUUCAGAGUAGCAUCGUUCUUGCCACUUGUGACUAUUUCUUCCUGAAUGCACCCUUUUCGUGGAAAUUAUUUAGCGGAAAAAGAAUAUCCCUCUGUGAUUUCACCAAUGCACCCUUUUCGGGCUCUUUCAGGAUCCGACGAAUUCGAAGAUGAUACGGUGCGACGCGAAGCUUCAACAGCUUCUUGGAUGUGAGAGCCUACCAGCUCAGGGGGUCUUCGAGAUGCUCUCUCGCCAUCUGCUGAAGCAAUCGUGA